CACGGGCCACAGCCCUCCACACUUUGCGGCCUCGCCUCCCCCCUCCCCUCUCCCUGGCUGCCUGCCUCCCUCCCUCUCCCUGCGGCCGCCGCCGCCGCCGCCGCUCGGGUCCGCCACCGCCGCUCCUGUCACCCUCCGCCUCCGACCCCCAUCUCCUCCCCAAUCGCCUCUCGCUUUUUUCCGGCGCUCCACGGUAGUGCGGUACCAAGGCGCACCCUCCCGCCGUCGUGGAGCGGAGAUCCGGGCUCCGAUUUGUUCCAUUGACUGAACAAGAAGGCUGUGAAGUGUUGGGAGAAACUUGAGAGGGGCUGAGAGAUGUCACUCGGCUAUGCCGAGAAGCUAUCCUACCGAGAGGAUGUGGGGAAUGUGGGCAUGCCUGAGAUCUUCGACUCCCCCGAACUUCUACACAAGAAGAUAGAAGAGCUUGCAAUCAUGGUGCGACAGAGUAAGCAUUUGGUGGUGUUUACUGGAGCAGGUAUAUCAACUUCAUCAGGAAUACCUGACUUCCGGGGGCCCAAAGGCAUUUGGACACUGCAGCGUGCAGGAAAAGGUGUUCCUGGUGUAUCAUUGCCAUUUCACCGAGCUGUUCCAAGCCUGACUCAUAUGGCACUGGUUGAAUUGGAAAAGAUAGGUCUAUUAAAGUUUGUCAUAAGCCAGAAUGUUGAUAGCUUACAUCUCCGAUCUGGCCUUCCAAGGGAGAAGCUGGCUGAAUUGCAUGGAAAUUCUUUCAAGGAGAUCUGUCCAAACUGUAAAAAGGAGUACCUUCGUGAUUUUGAAAUUGAGACAAUAGGACUGAAGGAUACUCCAAGGCGUUGUUCUGAUAAGAGCUGUGGAGCUAGAUUAAAAGAUACUGUUCUUGAUUGGGAGGAUGCUUUACCCCCUGAGGAAAUGGAUGCUGCCAAGGAGCAGUGUCGAACUGCUGAUCUUGUCCUAUGUCUAGGAACUAGUCUGCAGAUUACUCCUGCAUGUAAUAUGCCUCUGUUGUCACUAAAGAAUGGGGGGAGGGUGGCUAUUGUAAAUCUUCAGGCAACUCCAAAGGAUAAAAGGGCAAGCCUUGUCAUUCAUGGUCUAGUUGAUAAGGUCAUUGCUGGGGUUAUUUAUAUGAUGAAUCUGCGAAUCCCUCCAUAUAUUCGAACUGACUUCGUUCAACUUAGUCUCCGGCACUCAGUCAAAAAAAAAUGUGUGAGAUGGACUCUCCGAGUAACGAGCAUUCAUGGCCUGCGAGCACCUUUGCCAUUUCUUCGAUCAGUUGAGGUUUCCUUUCCUGAAAGACCUGACAUGAAGCCUGUAGUACUAAAGGAGCAACCGUUUUCUUUGCAGAGGGAAACGUCAAUGAAUAGAUCAUUUGUCAUGCUAUUGACAUUCAACUUUAGUGAUGGUUGCAGCUGUUUGAGCUCUUGCAUUGAAUGGCCUGUUGAUUUUCUGAAGCGAAAAGAAACCUUUGUCAGGAACAGAAGUAUAGUCCUGCAAGAGUUGCAAUAUGCUGCGGAGCGCCAAUCACGUGCCGGGCAGCAGGCAAUUCUGGAGAGGGAGGGUCUGCCAAGAGCUGAAACAUCAAUUCAUGCGCUUGUGACCAGUAUUGUCAGGUAUGAUACUGAAGAUGUCAAGGCGGCAGUUCCCGUUGUUACAUUGAUGAACAGCAGCGGCGGCAGCCUUUCCAAGCGGCACAUGGAUGCCAUUGGUUGCAAUCCAGCAGCAUCGUCAAAGAAGCAGAAGCUGGUUGCUUCUGGUGAUCGGAGAAAGGGCCUGAACCCUAAAACCCAGGGAGCUUGAUAAUGGCUAAUUAUUCUAGUUGUCAGACAAGUGUUAGAUAGCAUAGAUGCAUGAGUUCACAGUAGAGUAAGGUGUUUACAACUUGUAGUGCAUGUGAAAGCUGGCAGAGUUUUUGCAUGAUAAACCCAGUGUUCUCCAACCAUCUCAAAGGAAACUGGUUGUGGUGUCUAGUGGUAUGUUUUGUAAAGCUCUGAAAGAUGAAACGGGUUUUCAAAGCACAAAAACGUAUCCGUAUGUCUGUUUUUAAAGUACAAAGAGUUUUUGAUGAGAUUCGUUGGCGUUACUACGAAGAAACUGUUAUGAUAUCGAACCUCAUGCCUUAUCAAGCAUCUUAUUCCAUCCUAAAGUUGGAUUAUUCUG